AGCCGCAGGCGGAGGGAAGAGAAAGGGUCUGUUGUUUUUCUCGCCUUGUUUCUCUCUCCCUUUCUGCUGCUGACCAGGUCAGAGAGCCCAGAUGGAAAUCCAUUGCUGAGCAGGCCCUUCCUCCUCCAGGGAGCCUGUCUUUGGCUAAUUUUUCUUUGUCCCGACGGAGGGGAAAAAGAGAGAGAGAGAAGGAAGAAAAAAAAAAAGAAAAACCACAAACUUCCUUUGAAAACCAGUUUGUAGGCAGGGCCUGGAGCGCCCGCCGGAGACUUGGUCUCUCGGGGAUCCUGAAGACCCGAGGACCUGGGGGAGCGCGGGGGCUGCGCCCUGCCUGCGCUCACCCUCCUGCGCUGCCCCGGGUUCUGGGCGGGAGUCCGGAAGUGACCAGACCCAGGCUGGACGCUGUGCUAGUAGCCUCGUGUCAACUUGUGUAAGCUGCGGGGUUGACAGCUGAGAGGCAGCUGGCACUGGCGGCGCCCCUCCACGUCCCCUGUAACCGCCGUCGAACUGCCAGCAUUGAGCCCUCUUUCCCAGUCCUGGAACCGCAUCCACCUCUUUAAGGCUUGGGCUCUGCUUCAAGGUUCACCCCAAGUGCCAUGGGAGAGGAGAAGUGGAAAGAGAGAGAAAAAAAUGUGUAAGACCUGCAGGCCUUUUCCCAGCCCCCAGUUCUUGAAGAUUUACAAGAAAAAAGCAAGUAAGGAGGGAUCACCACAAAAACAAGAUUUCAGACCAAGUGUGACAGCACACACUUAAAAUCCUCACACUUGUAAAACUGAGGGAAGCUGCCUUUACCCUGUGUCUUCAAUCCCACCAGAGUCAUUCCUCAAGCCUGGAAACCCAAAUCCUGUUGGUCCCAUCUGGUCACAGCAAGUUAGAAGUGGAAUGAGCCCAGCGUGAGCAGUUCUGUUUACACAAGGUGACUCUUCCCACUAUGGAACAACCUCAGCCUGAGCUUCCAGCCCCUGAUAAGGUCAAUAAUGCAGAAACUGUCACAUCUGAAAACUAUGAGGUCCUGUCUGGACCAAAAGAAAACCCUCAGGACAAGAAUGGUGAUGGUGGAGAUGCUGGUAUGGCUGCUGGAGAACAGGAGCCAGGAGACCAAGCUUUGCUGGCAGCCCAGGAUGGGGAAAAUCUUGAGUGCCCGCCUCCUGAAGCUAGCUCCAGUCUACCUGGGCCAGCCUGUGGGACAUCGCCUGAGGUAGAGACAAUAGGGGCAUGCUCGAAGCCUCAGGAGCUUCCCCAGUCCCCUAGGACCCGACAGCUUGAGCUAGAUUUCUACUGUGUAAAGUGGAUCCCCUGGAAGGGAGAACGGACCCCCAUCAUCACUCAGAGCACCAAUGGCCCCUGCCCUCUCCUUGCCAUCAUGAACAUCUUGUUUCUUCAGUGGAAGGUGAAGUUGUCCCCUCAGAAGGAAGUUAUUACAUCAGAUGAGCUCAUGACACAUCUUGGAAACUGUCUCCUGUCCAUCAAGCCACAGGAGAAGUCUGAAGGCCUUCAACUUAAUUUUCAGCAGAAUGUAGAUGACGCAAUGACAGUGUUACCUAAGCUGGCCACAGGUCUGGAUGUCAAUGUGCGAUUCACCAGUGUCUCUGACUUUGAGUACACACCCGAAUGCAGCGUCUUUGACCUGCUGGGCAUACCUCUGUACCAUGGCUGGCUUGUUGACCCACAGAGUCCUGAGGCUGUGAGUGCAGUUGGGAAACUGAGUUACAACCAGCUGGUAGAGAAGAUCAUCACUUGCAAACACUCCAGUGACCCCAACCUCGUAACAGAAGGCCUGAUUGCUGAACAGUUCCUGGAGACCACUGCAGCACAGCUGACAUACCACGGCCUGUGUGAGCUCACAGCAGCUGCCAAAGAGGAUGAACUUAGUGUCUUUUUCCGAAACAACCACUUUAGCACUAUGACUAAGCACAAGAGUCACUUGUACCUACUGGUCACUGACCAGGGUUUUCUGCAGGAGGAGCAGGUGGUAUGGGAGAGCCUGCAUAAUGUGGAUGGAGACAGCUGCUUUUGUGACUCUGACUUCCACCUAAGUCAUUCCCUGGGCAAGAGCCCUGUAGCAGAAGGUGCAGGUAGCUCCCCAGAGAAACAGCUACAAGUGGACCAGGACUACCUUAUUGCCCUGUCCCUGCAGCAACAGCAGCAGCCCCAAGGCAUGCUGGGCCUUAGUGACCUGGAACUGGCCCAGCAACUUCAACAGGAGGAGUAUCAACAACAGCAGGCAGUUCAACCUGUGCAAACCAGGGCCCCUUCGCCCCAGGGGAGAGGAGCCACAUCUGGACGCCCAGCUGGAGAGCGACGGCAGAGGUCGAAGCCAGAGCCGGACUGUGUUCUGCUCUAACUCUGCCCCCAUCAGGUGGACCUGGCCCUUCUUUGAGAGACUGUGACUAGUUUGCUUGCAGGACUCCACCUCAACCCCUGAGUCAUACAGGGUCAUUUUUAUGGACUGUUGAGGGGUCAGAGCAGACCUUGCUGUUCAGUGAGGCUGCCUUCUCUUCCAUCAGGGCCACGUAGGGAUGGGUGGGGUGAAGAUUUCCAGUUCCCAACUCCUCCCUUUCCUGGAACAGUCACCUGAACUGGGGGACCCAGGCUCCUGGGUGAGGCCUCUAUCUGGAAUGUAUUGCUCCUACUUCCCUUCCCUGAUUGCCUGGGUGCUUCGGCCUACCCAACCAGCCUGUCUUCACUUGCUUCAGGGUUUGAUUUGAUUUGGGUUUCUAUCUUUAUUAUUUUUAAUGCCUUCCUAGGGGUUUGGAAAUAAAAUUUCUUCCCUGA